UAUAAACCCAUCAUUUAUGUCACAAUUGUAAAUUGUGGUACAUACAUUAUAAUUAACACAAUCUCGGUUUCUUAGUUAAAAGACCAUCAUAUUGAUGUUAUGUCAUAGCACAUGCCAUAUGUAUGCAGCUUGAAAUUUUAUUACCCCAAAGUAAAAUGCCUUCUCACAUCUCUGCUCCUGAAUGCAUGAGCACCUAGUACACAGAUCUAGUAUGAUCUCAUGUAAAAACAUUUCUGCACAUAUUGUGUACUUAAUCAUCUGCACCCAGGGCACUGUCUAGGUCCUAAAUUACAACUUCCCCUGAUCAGAAAUGAUCUAUCAUUACUGAAAUUGUAUUUGAUGUUUAUUGCAAUGCAUCAAAGAUCUGUGGAUGGAUCUUGCUGGGGUCUUAUUUGUCAUGCUCCCCCAAGAGCCCAGCAUAGGAACUCCUUGUUACUGUGAAACAAGUAAGAGUUUAUGCAAGGUGACACUCAGAUGACUUUUUCAGAAUCUAAAUAAUCCUAACCAUAUUUUUUUCUAAUUCUAGAUUCUCCAUUUUCUCUUCUACUAUGGAUUUGGCAGACAAAUUGUGCACUGAACUGUUCCGUUGGAUAGCGAAGCAGGAGGAAUGUGCAGAGCAUCUCAUGGAUUUGGCAGAAGAAUUGGAGGAGAUGACUAAAGCUAUGAAUAAAGGCCAGUUGGUGGGAAACACAACAACUGUGGUUGGGUCUGCUGCCUUAAUUGGAACAGGCAUUGCAACUUUUCUAACUGGAGGCCUGGCUGCACCCUUGCUGGUGAUGGCAGCAGGUGUCGCAGCUGGAGUUGGUACUGUAACCAGUGUUACAUGUAAGCUUUUAGAGAGUUGGAAAUGCAGUAAAACAAUGAAAAAUGCACAGAAGACCGCUGAGGAAUUAGAGGAAAUUCAGAAAAAUAUUGAGAUGCUCCAGAAGAAACUAUCAGAGGACUGUAAGAGUCAAGACCUUGAAGAAAUAACAGCAAGAAUCCUGAGAGCCAUGGCUAAACGGAGCGGGAGGGAUCUCUCUCUAAGUCACCUAAUUCGCCUAACUCAACUCUUAAGGAUUGAUCCUUUAAAUACACAAAUAUAUACAGAGACAAUUCUAACUACCAGUAUGGGUUGUAUGCUACUACCUAUUAUACAUUCUGUCAUGUUUAUGAAAACAGCAGCAACAAAAGGAGCAGAAUACAUUACUAAAGGAGUGGCUACUAUUUCAUUGAAAACUGCAUUAAAGGGAACAGGCCAGGUCACAGGAGGAGUCUUUGGCCUGGUGUUGACACUUCCUGAUCUGAUUGACAACUGUGAACAACUGGUUAAAAACAAACAUGAGACAGAAGCUAGCAAAAAUCUGAGGACCAAAGCAGCUGAACUUCGUGAUGCUGUCACAAACAUUAAAAAGCAAAUGAAUGAAUUGCAAGAGAUGCUCAGUGAAAUCCCUGAAACCAAGUGUCACGUUGAUUUGGCUACGGAGAUGUGUGGUAACCAAAAAUACACACGUGGCACUGUUCGUAUGGAGUAUAAACAGACCAAAAAUCAGGACAGUAAAGUACGGGAGUUUACUCUCAUAUCCACAAAAGACAUGAUCAGUUCCACAAGUAAACACAAUUUAAAUAAGAACCAAAGACAGAAGACAGAGUCUUCUAAGAAGAAGCCACGACAAAAGAAAAUCCUCCUUCCUAGAAUAACCAUGUCCAACGUGCAUUCUCUUCCAAAUAAAAUGGAGGAGAUCAAAGAAAUGAUGUGGAACGAUUACUUAUUUUCCAAUGAUCUGAUGUUCUUUACAGAGACAUGGUUAAAUAACAACUCACCCCCAAUCAGCUUGGAUGGAUAUAGGUCUGUCCGGGGUGAUCGGGAUCCAGAGCUUACUCAAAAACGUAGAGGAGGAGGACUGAUCAUUUUUGUGAAUAAGAAAUGGGCAACAAAUGUGGGGAAGCCAUUCAUAAAAAAUACUCCAAACUAUGAGUUAAUGGAUGUGCCCAUUACACCAAAUGUUCAUCCUGAGAAUGCUCCACCACUUAUCUUCAUCCUUGUUUAUGUUCCAGGGCCUAAUUUUGAUCAAGCUGCCACUGUCAUAGCCAAUUGUUACUCUUAUGCUCAGGCACGUUCUCAUGGUCCUAUUUUCUUGUUGGGUGAUUUCAACAGGACUCCGUUAUUGAGGAACCUGGAGCAAUAUGUCACAUGUCCAACCAGAUACAAUAACACCCUGGAUCUGUGCUAUGGAAAUGUGCCUGGGGCUUAUAAAAGUGUUUGCAGACCUCCACUUGGCCGGUCUGACCACAAUGUCAUUCAUCUAAUUCCUAAAGAUCAAUAUGACUCUUUCAAAGAUGGGGAGUGUACGCAUGACCAAACCAAUCCCAGUAAGCAAUGAGACACAAGGCUUAUAUACAUUAAACUAUUAACAAUCUUUAGUGAUAAGCAGCUGUGUAAUAAUAGCUUUUUUGUCAGUUUAAAAAAAAAAAAAAAAAAAACAUUUUUAGAGAGACUCCAUUCAGCCUACUAGCAUGUCUUUGGACUGUGGGAGGAAACCGGAGCACCCACCAAGCACAGGGAGAACAUGCAAACUCCACACACACAGUGAACGGGAGCGAGAUUUGAACUCAGGACGGUGUGAGGCAAACACGCUAACCACUAAGCCACCGUGCCACCUAUAAAGUAAUGCAUAAUUAUAUAAUUAUUUACAUAAGAGCUGACACAUUACAUUGGCACCCUGGAAUUGAAGUUAUACUUUCCUCUAACCAACAAGAAAUACAUAACAUGAAGGAGUGGACAUGAUAAAAAAAAAAAAAUAAAUAAUAAAGGAAAUGGUUGCUUGUUAUGCCAUGGGAUUUAUAAAGGAGAAACCAUGUUGCUAGUCAACAAUUAAAUCAAUUUAAAAACUUUGCUAUUUAUAGUAAUACUGCUAAAAGAAAUAUGAUCCUGGAGAUUUUUCAUCAGCACUCAUAAAGGCAUGGUAAUAUGUUGCACUGAAACAAUGACGACUUUUCAAAACAAAAAAUGUUCAUGGUGCAGACUGGCUUCAAAUGAUCAUUAAUUAUUCAUUGAAGUGGAAAACAGGAGAUGAUCCACAAUCUGAAAUGGAGGAAGCCCACAGAAACCUCUGUAGUCCAACUGCAAGAUAAAACAACCCAAUGAACUUCAAGGAAAAGCUUUAUAUUCUAAAUCACUAGGAAGAAUGGUUCUUGGGUUCAUCAUUAACCAUUCAAAUGAAAGCUGCGCAUGAGAUGCUCUUAGAUGUUCCAACAUGACAAUGAUCCAAAGCACAAGGCCAAGUUGACCCUCCAGUGGCUACAGCAAGGUGAAGGUUCUAGAGUGGCCAUCACAGUCUCCUGACCUCAAUAUCAAGACAACCAAAAAAU